AUGCGUGGCGGUGACGGGAGGACCAUCAGAAGAAGAGGAGGAUGGGGAACAGGGAAGGAGGCCAAGCGGGGGAGGAGAGACAUGAAGCAUUCAUUUCCUGCCGUUUCUCCAGGUGCCUCCAUCGCUAUCAAUCUCGCAUCGAGAUGUCGACGGCAAUUCCAUCAUACCCGGUGUGAAGAAAUAAGUGCGGACAAUCUAAUACCAAAGGACUUGGCCCUCAAAAUUGCAACCAAGAUUAGAGCUGGCGAACGAUUUGCAGUUUAUGUAGUCAUACCAAUGUGGCCUGAAGGAAUCCCUACCUCAGCCUCUGAGCAAGAUUUUUUUCUUUUAGGCACAUUCAGGCAUGAUGGGUUCCGGUCCACUCUUCUGGCAAGACCCUCCUGGUGA